GGCUACGGACUAUUCCCGUAAAUGUCGUCACAUAUCGCGAGAACAACAACGACGGCCAAAUGUAACGUUUGGUUCUCAUUUGGAUGAGAAUCAAAUCUUCCUGUGCCUCUGGAAAAGGACGAAACUUCUAAUUCCACCACAAUGCACAUUCACACUGCAUCAGUGGCAAGCCUGGACCUCUGGUUGACAUAAGACUUUUUUUCACAUAAGAAACAGUUGAAACGUGCAGUCAAAGUCACUACACAAGAACAAUGGGUUCAAAUGUAAUGGCCCUUCUUAUAGCAGGAUGGCUUCUCUUGAUAUUGCUAGUCAACAUGCCAAAUGAUGUUGCUGCUGCAGAUCCCCGUUUUGAACCCAAGUGCCACAUUCCGUGUGAGGACAACAACUGUUGGUUACCACGUAUUCAUUGCUUUUGGGAUCAAGCAUUUGAUCCUCAGGUCCCGGCAAAUUAUAGCCUACACUGGAAGAGGGUGCAUAGCGAAGAAGGCCACGUUAAGACUGGGGCCAGUUUGAGUGGCUUUAUCGACCGUGUGCACUUUUCCAUGAACAGUGAACUUCGUGUUUGGGUCAAGGCAGAGAGCCAACGAGGUUCUGCUAAAUCCCAAGAGGUUGUCUUCAACACAGGAUACAUCGUGAAGCCAGCCGCUCCUAAGAUUACAUGGAGCCAGCAAGAUCCUUUGGAACUUUCCUGGAAUUCCACCUGUAAUGAGGCGCACCUCUCUUUGGGAUCGUGUGAUGUGCGAUUUCGAACUGAGGCCAACAAAAUGUGGUUAGAGGAAGAGAUUGGCGCACAAGUCAACUAUGAGUUCAGUGAUGCGGUCCAGCCUGGUGUGUUCUAUGAAUUUCAGGUCCGCUGUUCCUGUGCGACAGGAUUGAUGAGUGACUGGAGUGCAAGCCACAGAAUAAGGAGCUCUGAGAGAGCCCCCACUGGAGAGAUGGAUGUAUGGAAGGAUUGUGGAGUGCCUGCCACUAAUAUUGAUUGUGUUAUAACCUGGAAGAAGCUUCCUAUAUUUCAGGCUAAUGGUCACAUUCUGGGAUAUGAAGUUACGCUGCUGUCCAAGCACAGCACGGCUGUAUCAGUCAAUAUUUCCACAGCCGAGCCGAGGGGCAGGUUGGUGUGCAAUGAGAUGCAGUGCUACCUCAACUCCUCUUUAACGAGUGUAUCAUCGGUCAAUAUAUCAGCCUACAACGCCCAAGGUGCCACAGAGCCUUCUUACCUUGCCAUCCCAACACCAGAUAAAGAGAGAAAUGAGCAAGCCAUUGAUGUCAGGAUGAAUACGGAGAACCUUAGCGUUUCGUGGGAUCUGCACUCUCAGCUCCCUGACAUCAACUCGUUCAAGGAAUAUGUAGUGCAAUACAAACAAGCAGGACGCCGUCUAGGCCAGGGAUUUUCCUGGAUGAGAGUGAAUGAAAGCCGUGCUUUGGUAACAUUUAGAGGUCAUUUUGAAAAGUCCACGCCUUACCAAGUGUCACUGUUCAAAGUCACACACAAUGGACAAAGUCAACAUGUUUCAUCAGUUAUUGAAUAUUCCCAUCAAGGAACUCCCUUGAAAGUGCCUUCAUUUAAAGUGACUUCCAUUGCUGCCACACAUGUGACCUUGUUUUGGGAGUCUGGACCGCUGACCAUGCAAAAGGGGCACAUCCUAUGCUACCAAAUAGGUGUACAUGGACAAAAGUCAGUGUACAAUGUGACAUACUCACCUCGGAAUACAAGUCACACAUUUGAGCUGCUGGAUCUAAAUCCCGAUCAGGAGUAUGAAGUGUGGAUCAAGGCUGUGACUAAAGCGGGGCCGGGACCCAACGUCAUAGCGAGGUUCAAAACAAAACAACAGGAGCAUCUUCAUUUACAAUCGCACAUACUAACGCUCCUGCCCUUAGUAUGUCUUCUAGUCAUGUUAGGCUGUCUUUCGAUUGCACUGAGUUUUCACAGAGGAGCAAGCAAAGUUUGUGUGUGUUUAAAUGAAAGAGUUCCAGAUCCGUACAAUAGCACCAUCUUCAAAAUGAUGAAGUAUCAGAUGACUGACCCCUUGGCUUGGAUCUGCACCCCCAUCUGUGAACCACAUCCCACCAUAUCCUUUUUGGAGGUAGUGGCAAACCAGCGGCCUCGAUGUGGAAAAGACUCCCACCCUGAAUCCCAAACAACCAAACCAGCGUCUACCUCAGGGCAGCGUGAUCAGACACACAGAUGUGCCAGAGAAGAGUACAGAAAAAUGGUUGACUCUGAUGAGGAAAAGGGCACGAGUGGGCCGGGGUACAUGGAGGAUUCUUCAGAUGAAGAAGAAGAAGGUGUGGCAUCAGGUUACGAAAAGCACUUCAUGCCAACCUCUGUGGAAAUACUGGAGGCUUGACUACUCAAUGUGCAGGCUAGUUUAUCGAGUGUUGUAUUUUUUUUUAAACGCUUUCAUGUAUAUAUUUUCUGAGCAUAAAGAUACAUUUCAAAGCUGCACAGCUGUUGGAUGAAAUAAACAAUUAUUGAUUAAUUUGCAUAUACUGUUAAAUUGUAUGGAUGUGGAAUGUUCUAACUUUUGCACAUAAUAAUGUAUGUAAAAUGUAGUCUUGUUUUUGAAUACAUAAUUAACCACCAAGAAUAUAUGAAAAAUAUUUAUUUUAUGUUAGUAAGUUUGUGAAUGUUUGUCAGUAUGAUGUCAUCAGUGGUUAUUUCUCACAAUUAGAAACUUUCCCAAUCUUGCAAAAAAUGUUUUAUACAGAAAGACUGAUUGUGAAAGACUGCACUGGAGGUGCUUGCAUUCCUAAAAGCAAAACCUUAAUUUAAAUAUUAUCAAUUUCACACGGAUUGAGGAACGUGACAACGCAAUAUUGACCUUCACGUUCCCACUUUUAUUUAAUAUGCAUCUUGAUUUCCUUUAA